AGAAGUCACAAUAGGAACUUUUCACAGGUUGUUAAGGGCUGCUAAGGUGUGAGAGCUGCUCUGUAAAGGGGCGCACAAACUCAGGUGUGCUGUAACCGCAGAGCUGCACAUUCACAUUCAGGAAAAAAACUUCCAUGAUGGAACUUUUGGGUUCUACCCAUACAGCCACGUAUACUCGUCCAGGAAUGAAGUCCACUAACUUUCUACCUGCUAUUUCCACAAUGGCUUCCAGCUAUAAGAACCCCCACUUCGUCAUGAGCCAGAGCAUGUACCUACCCUGGAGGCCCAGCUCCUACUUCAGAACAGCGUCUGCCGUUCCCAGCAUCGGAGUUACCUCCAGAAUCUCCCCGGAUCUGAUCCAGGCCAAGGUCAGCAGAUUUCCUUCUACCCGCACGGCCCUGUUCGCCCGCUACACCCCUGUGGACUGGUUGAAGUCGAACCACAAAAACUACAUGGAGUCAGAGUCUUCGAGGCACAGCGCUGAGAGGCUCAGAGUGGACACUGCCCGUCUCAUCCAGGACAAAGAGCAGCUGACCAGAAAGACCCAGAGCACCACCAGCAAGAACAUCGGGGAGCGCCUCAACGACAUCGUGUUCUGGAAGUCCGAGCUGAACCACGAGAUCGAGAACAUGAUCGGGGAGACCAACGCUCUGGCCGAGGUGAAGAAGAGACUAGAGAGGGCUCUGGCUGAAACAGAAGGGCCACUGCAGGUCGCUCGGGAGUGUUUGUACCACAGAGAGAAGAGGAUGUCAGUUGACCUGGUCCAUGAUAAAGUGGAGAAAGAUUUAAUUCAGGAGGUUGAAUCCAUCAAGGGCUGCCAGGAGAGAAUGAGAUGUUCUCUGGAUGCAGCCAAUAGCCAGCUCGCGUCCAACAGAGCAGCCCAACACGAGUUAGAUAGAGACAUCAAUGACAAACUGAUCGCCCACAGGAUUGAUGACAAGUGCCACUAUCUCAGAAACACCUCUGAUGGCAUCAGUUACUUCCAUGGGGUGGAGAAUAUCGAUGCAACAGUUUCAAUGCCCGAGUCCUGGGCCAAGUUUACGGACAAUAACAUCCUGCGCUCCCAGAAUGAGCGGGCUGCCUCAGCCAAGCUGCGGCAUGACAUUGAAACUCUUCUGAACACGACCUCCAAUGAGAUGUGGAAUCACUUCAACAGCGUCAACGUGGCUUUUACCAACCGCCUGUCCGAGGUGGCCGAUGCCAAGAACAAGCUGCAGAUGCACCUGGCUAAGACCCUGCAGGAGAUCUUCCAAACCGAAAUGCUCAUUGAGGCCCUGAAGAAGGCCAUCCGGGACAAGGAGAGCCCUCUCAAAGUGGCCCACACUCGCCUGGACGAGCGCACAAGGAGACCCAAUGUGGAGCUGUGCCGGGACUCUACUCAGCUUCGGCUGGUUAGUGAAGUCCGAGAGAUUGACGACACUAUUCAGAGACUGCGGGAGAGGCUCUGGGAGGCAGAGAAGACCCUUCAGAUGCUGGUCAACACCAAAGUGACCCUGGAGCAUGACCUGUCCAUCAAGGCUAACUCCCUGUUCAUCGACCAGGAGAAAUGCAUGUCAAUGCGCAAGAGCUUCCCCAGCACCCCCAGGCUCGUGGGCUACACAUGAAGAACCAGGUCAUUCCAAAAAGGAUUGUAUUUUGAAGACAAGGUGUAUGGCAUUAAAUAUAUAGGGCACUUUCCUGCUAAGAUGUGAUGAUUAUUUUUAUUUUAUCCCACCGCCCCCUCCCCUUCCACCCCCCGGUGUUCUUGAUGUGAUUUUUACACACAAUGGUUUCCAUCACAUAAAACACAUGCUGUUGCUUUGUCACUUAAGCCUUGCUGUGUCACCCCUUCCACAGGGUGCAGCUAGUCCAUGAAAGCACUACAUUUACAUGAUGACUACUUUAAUUAUGACUUUUGAUGUUUACCGACAAAUUAGUGGUGAUCUGCCAUAUAUUACCCUGUAAAUUACUAUGUGACUGAUUGAAAGUUUCAAAUUGAAUGAUGACUUGGAAUGUUGACUUCUGUUGGUUGUAAAGAAUGUCUCACUAAA